CGCGAACAUGAGGUUCAACCCCGUCAUCCAAGCGGCCAUCGACCUCACGUCGGGGGCCCUCGGGGGCACCGCGUGUGUCCUGACCGGGCAGCCCUUCGACACCGUGAAAGUGAAGAUGCAGACGUUCCCCGGCCUGUACCAGGGCUUCGCCGACUGCUGCCGCCAGACCUACGCGCAGGUGGGCCUGCGCGGCUUCUACAAGGGCACCGGCCCCGCGCUCAUGGCCUACGUCGCCGAGAACUCCGUCCUCUUCAUGUGCUACGGCUUCUGCCAGCAGUUUGUGAAGAAAAUGGUGGGACUGGACAAGCAGGCCAAGCUGAGUGACCUGCAGACCGCCACCGCCGGCUCCAUGGCGUCCGCGUUCGCGGCGCUGGCCCUGUGCCCCACGGAGCUGGUCAAGUGCCGGCUGCAGGCCAUGCACGAACUGGAGAAGUCAGGGAAGAUCGUCCAGAGCCACACCACAGUGUGGUCCGUGGUGAAGGGCAUCCUGAUGAAGGACGGCCCCUGGGGCUUCUAUCACGGCUUCUCCAGCACGCUCCUGCAAGAAGUGCCGGGCUAUUUCUUCUUCUUCGGCGGCUAUGAGCUGAGCCGAACGCUCUUGGCCUCGGGGAGAUCCAAAGAUGAACUGGGGCCCGCCCAUUUGAUGUUAAGCGGUGGAAUUGCGGGAAUUUGCCUCUGGCUUGUCAUAUUCCCCGUGGAUUGUAUCAAAUCCAGAAUCCAGGUUCUUUCCAUGCAUGGCAAACAGGCGGGGUUCGUGGGGACUCUUGUCAGCAUUGUGGAACGUGAGGGGAUAGCAGCCUUAUAUUCUGGACUGACAGCUACGAUGAUCCGAGCGCUACCUGCCAAUGGGUCACUGUUUUUGGUUUAUGAAUACAGCAGGAGGAGGCUGAUGAGCCAGCUGGAAGCAUACUGAAGUGUCUUGGUGACCCUGGAUCCACAUGUACACACCUUUGAGGACUGUGGUUUAUCGCAGGUUUUCAUGGAGUGCUGGACUAAAGUAAGACUGUUUUUUUUUACUUCAUGGGAGUUUUGUUUUUAUCUUCUGCUACCCUAUACCUUAAACUUUGUGGAAGAACCUCUGUUUUGCAUCGUAUAAUUUCUGCCCAUAAUUGUAUUGAAAUAGAAAAGUUGCUGCUUUUGUGUUUUGUGGGAUAUACAGAGUGAGUGGGUGGCCCUGGCUACCUAAUUUGAAAGGCCAAAGAUAGUUAUAUUACAGUCUUUUCAUACACCUAUGAAUGUACGUACAAUUUAGUUGGUUAUGUGUUGUGAGUGAAACACAGUUUGGUUCCCUGUUUAAUGUCAUAGCACCAGAAAAACCGCGUUAACUAUGUUUCAUGAAGAUGGUUAUAAAUGACUUAUUCAAGAUGUAGGUUCUCUUUAAAACUGUACACUGUACUAGGCAAUUAAAGUUUUUAAAAAAGUUUUUGUGUGGUAAUUGAAAACCAAAAUACACAUCUAGAUUUUUAAGAAGAGGGUAUACUGCUGUGUGUUCCACGUUCUUGAGUUGAAGUCCCAGAGUUGGUAUCCUGGAGUUUUCUAAGAUGCUCUGCUCUUAAAAUAGAGUCAACCGUUUUCAAAGUGGGAUCAUAUUCCACACUCUUAGCUGUGGCCCAGAGUGUCAGGCCUUUGGGAAGUAGCAUAGCCUUCAACUAUAUCAACUUCCCUUCUUCUCUCCCAAAGGGCUUCUCCUCUGUGGGGCUUAAGAUUGAGGAAGGAGUUGUGCUGUGAUGCUUUGAUGAAGACCAAUGUAGCUAACAACAGUUCUUAGCUCCUAGUUUCUGGGUCUAGGAUUCCAGGGGUGUUAUCUGGGCCCAUUUAGGGGUUGUUGAUCCACUUUGGAUUAUUUACUCUCUGCCUCCACCGGUCAGAAACCCUUCCAGGGAACAGAGAGUGCCAAAGCCAAGAAAAGCUUCUGUUCCCUGUUUUGUGUUCAAAUGACAAUACUUGUGGAUGAAGUCCUCUCCUCUCAGCCAGAACUAGACAGAAUCUAGUGUUUGCACUCCACUGUGAGGAAUAUUAAGGCUGGCCCAUCCUGAAGUUUACCUCAAGGUCUGUAACUCCUCAUCAUGCUUGUAUAGUGUUGGAACCUUCUAAAUUUGGUACUGACCCUCAGUGAAUUUUAAUGAAAACACUGUAUGGAGUGUGACUUUAUAAAGCAAUGAAACAUAAGAAAUGCAAUUUUAUUAAACUAUACCACAUUUAUGUAUAUAUGCACACACAAAAACCAUAGUUCAUCUGAUCCUAGAAAUCUGGUGAUGUGUACCAUGUGGCCGUAUGGUAAGAUAGUUAUUCUUGUCACCAUUAAAAUAAGCCUAUCAUUCCUUGCUGGUCCAAGACCAGCAGAAUCUUCAGUAAGAAGUGUCCUUAAGCAGCUUGUAAAGCUAAAAGCCAGCAGGCUACCAGUCUUAAUAAUAGUCCACACCAUGUAUGUGUAUUACUUGCUGUCAGUAGACCAUAAAUCUUUGUAAAAUCUCUAGUUUCCUUUAGCUUUUUCUAUCAGUGAAGCCUCUGUUAAA